AUGCAGAUAAUGACUAGGUUUGAGGAGGAGAAUGGAGGUGAGCUGUUGGUUGCUACGUUGUGUCUUCUAGAAACAUCAUCCACAGGUUUGCUAGAGACUGAACUAUUACAGAUUCUUGGGGACACUGAUAACCUGAUGCAACCACAAGCAGCCGAAGGUUCAGAGAAAGAUGACAGUAAAAGUGAGAAACAAGGCAAAUACUCAGAACCGUUACCAGCGUACAAGUGGGCAGAGGUGUACAGAGCUCUCAGACCAUUUCUGCGUCCAUUUGGUGACAGUGGGGAGGGUCGCCUUGACUUUUAUCACAGGUCCCUCAGCAAGGCAGUCAGACAGAAGUAUCUUCAGAAUGAAAAAGAUCAGAAAUGGUGGAACAAAAAACUAGCUGGUUAUUUUGAAAAUGUGCAGAACUUGGAGAGAAAAGUGGAGGAAUACCCCCAUCAUCUGAUAGAACUUGACGAUAAAGACAGGUUGAAAGAAUUGCUGACAGAUUGGGACAUAUUUGAGGAACUAUUCAACAUAGAGUACAGCUCAAAACUUAUUAAGUAUUGGAAUAAGACAUGUACGCAUGACGAGAUGGAGCAGUGUUACGUUACAAAAAUGGAAAAUUUAGUAAAUGAUCCAGAAGCCCCAAAACAACUCUUGUCACAGCGCUUAGAAAGACUCUCACGAUUUCUGGCUCAAAUGGGAAGGUAUACACGGAGUAUUGAAUAUUCUUCAAAAGCUCAGACAUUAGAAGAAGAGCUUGGUUCAGAUCCUGAACGGAUGGCAGAUGUUCACUAUAAUAUUGCUAUCGUAAUGAUUGAGAAAAAGGGCCUUAAUGGAUUCAUGGAUAAAAAGGAUUUAGUUGUGUGUCGAGAGAUCUUUGAACAUUUUGAAAAGUCUGUAGAGCUGAGGAGACCGAUCAUGGGAGAUAAUAAAGAGCAGAAGUUGAAGCUGGGACUCGCUCUCACUAGACAGGCAUUCAACUGUACUGAGUUUGUGUACUUAGGGGGAAAUGAGUGGAUGAGUAAAGACAGAGCCAAGGAGGUAGCCGUGGACAGGCUGGAAGAAGCAAUGAAACUCUAUGAAGAGUUGCAUGAUGACUACCAUUACGGAGAUGCUCUUAUCACAAGGGGUCUUUGCGAAGAGGGAGGAGAAAGGCUUAAGUACUAUCUAGAAGCAGAAGAGAAACUUGUGCAAUCAGCUGGGAGACUUAACCCUAAAAUGGACCGACUUCUAUUAAACACUGGCAUACAUUAUGAGGAGAAUGGAGAAUAUUUUAAGUCUUAUGAAUAUUUCCAUCGUUGGUACUUAAUGGUGAUGGACUUGUAUGGGGAGAAACAUAUCAAAGUGAAGAGAUGUAUUGAUACACUUAGAGAACCAUUUUAUGUACGGGUUGCUAAUCAACGAGGGAAGGAAAUACCUGCCCCUUAUGAGCCAUAGUGAGUGCUGAAUAAAAGGUCUGAUAGCUUCGGAUGGAGAUUAACAUGGCAGAGAUCAUU